AUGGCUGCGGUGUUUCUAGUAACACUCUAUGAGUACUCGCCGCUCUUCUACAUCGCGGUGGUCUUUACCUGCUUCAUCGUGACCACCGGCCUGGUAUUGGGAUGGUUUGGUUGGGAUGUUCCAGUAAUCCUGAGAAAUUCUGAAGAGACCCAGUUCAAAACAAGAGUUUUCAAAAAGCAAAUGAGACAAGUCAAGAAUCCUUUUGGCUUAGAAAUCGCUAAUCCAUCUUCAGCUUCGAUUUCAACUGGCAUCACUUUGACAACAGAUUGCCUUGAAGAUAGCCUCCUGACAUGCUACUGGGGGUGCAGUGUCCAGAAAUUGUACGAGGCUCUGCAGAAGCACGUUUACUGCUUCCGAAUAAGCACUCCCCAAACACUGGAAGAUGCUCUGUAUAGCGAAUACCUCCAUCGAGAACAGUAUUUCAUUAAAAAGGACAGCAAAGAAGAAAUAUAUUGCCAGUUACCAAAAGAUACUAACAUUGAAGACUUUGGGACAGUGCCCAGAUCUCGCUAUCCAUUGGUAGCACUGUUGACCCUAGCUGAUGAGGAUGACCGAGAAAUUUAUGAUAUUAUUUCCAUGGUGUCAGCAAUUCAUAUUCCUGAUAAAACUUAUAAACUGUCCUGUAGAAUAUUAUGUCAAUAUUUACUCCCGACUCAAGGUCAAUUUCAUGAUCUUAAGCAACUUUACAUGUCUGCAAAUAAUAAUGCCAUUCCUUCGAGCAGUUCCUCUCCAGAAGGUGAAAGCACAGACCGAAGCUUGUUGGAAAAGGCUGGACUCUCCGAGAGUGAAGCAGAGCCUCCCGAGGAGAGUAGCAAGGACUGUGUGGUUUGCCAGAACGGGACCGUGAACUGGGUGCUCCUGCCCUGCAGACACACGUGUUUGUGCGAUGGUUGUGUGAGGUAUUUCCAGCGGUGCCCCAUGUGCAGGCAGUUCGUUCAGGAAUCGUUUGCACUUCACAGUCAAAAGGAGCAAGAGAAAGACAAACUGAAAACCCUUUGA